AUGAAGAAGGCAUUGCGUCUCAAAUCGGCGGGUUCGGGCUCCAAGAAGAGUCUUGGGUCCGGUGGGUCCGGGUCGGGACCCGGAAAGCCCAAGCGGGUUAUGACAGUGGGUGAGCUAAUGAGGAUCCAAAUGGGGAUUUCUGACGCUAUGGGACUCUAG